UUUUUAAAUUUGAGAUGAGAUGGAGGGGGUGGGGGAAUCAAGGUUUUAAAAAUAAAGGAAAACAGCUUUCACAAGUUAGCCAGGGCUGUACUGACCAAAGAUCUUAGCUCUGCUAUAAGGUCUUUGGUACUGACCAGGGCCAGGGUUGAAUUGAGAGGUCGGGGAAGGAGUGGAGGCGAGCAUUAAUGUGAUCAAUGCCCAGGCUGGGGAGAGUGACGGCCAAUCAGCACUGCCUUUCUAUUUGCAGUUUGCUUGUCAUUUUAUGUAGUCAUUGCUGCCCAAUCGGCUCUCGGCUCGUCGCUGACAUCACUAACUAGCCUCGUCCCUUCCUUGGGUCGCUUCAUUUUCUAAGUGUAUUGUGUUAAAAUGGAGUCUGGUGUCUAGCCCCAAGAAACAGCUUGUUCUGCUGUUCCAGGCUAGAUGUUGACAUGUAACAGAGCUGGUAGCAGGAUGGUGGUGGACGCAGCUGGUUCAAAUGGGCCUUUCCAGCCCACGGGCCUCCAACACUUUCGAGAUGUCCCUGCAGCUGAGCAAGAAAAGCUUUUUAUUCAAAAACUGCGUCAGUGCUGUGUCCUUUUUGACUUUAUCGCUGAUCCACUUAGUGACUUAAAAUGGAAGGAGGUGAAAAGGGCCGCGUUAAGUGAAAUGGUGGAAUAUAUCACGCACAGCCGCAACGUGAUCACAGAACCCAUCUAUCCUGAAGUAGUUCAUGUGUUUGCAGUGAACAUGUUUAGAACGUUACCACCAUCGUCAAACCCCACUGGUGCAGAGUUUGAUCCUGAAGAGGAUGAACCAACAUUGGAGGCUGCAUGGCCUCAUCUACAGUUGGUAUAUGAAUUUUUCUUGAGGUUUCUGGAGUCUCCUGAUUUUCAACCAAAUAUUGCAAAGAAGUAUAUUGACCAGAAAUUCGUAAUGCAGCUAUUAGAACUGUUUGACAGUGAAGAUCCACGUGAAAGAGACUUUUUGAAAACAACCCUUCAUCGAAUCUAUGGAAAAUUCUUGGGCCUAAGGGCUUAUAUCCGAAAACAAAUCAAUAAUAUAUUUUAUAGGUUUAUUUAUGAAACGGAACAUCACAAUGGUAUAGCAGAACUGUUGGAGAUUUUGGGAAGUAUAAUUAAUGGAUUUGCGUUGCCAUUAAAAGAAGAGCACAAGGUUUUCCUGUUGAAAGUAUUGUUACCACUUCACAAAGUAAAAUCUCUCAGUGUCUACCAUCCACAGCUGGCAUACUGUGUGGUGCAAUUCCUAGAAAAAGACAGCACUCUUACUGAACCUGUGGUUAUGGCAUUGCUCAAGUAUUGGCCAAAGACGCACAGCCCGAAAGAAGUGAUGUUUCUAAAUGAACUGGAAGAGAUCUUGGAUGUCAUUGAACCUUCAGAAUUUGUAAAAGUCAUGGAGCCCUUGUUUCGCCAGCUGGCAAAAUGUGUUUCCAGUCCUCAUUUUCAGGUGGCAGAACGAGCCCUUUAUUACUGGAAUAACGAAUACAUCAUGAGCCUUAUCAGCGACAAUGCGGCCAAGAUCUUGCCCAUUAUGUUCCCAUCCUUGUAUCGUAAUUCAAAGACUCAUUGGAACAAGACUAUACAUGGAUUAAUUUACAAUGCUUUGAAACUCUUUAUGGAAAUGAAUCAGAAACUUUUUGAUGACUGCACUCAACAGUUCAAAGCGGAAAGGCAAAAGGAGAAAGCAAAAUUGAAAGAACGUGAAGAGGCUUGGCUCAAAAUAGAGAAUCUAGCUAAAGCAAAUCCACAGACCCUAGGUUCCUUUCGAAACUGGCCAUCCUGGGAACUGUCCAUGUGCCCAGUCUCCAAAAACCAGUACCAGCUUAUAAUCGAUCCUAGUGGAGUGAAUAAUCCUGUUGCAAUGGAAACAGAUGGACCCUUGAUAGAAGAUAUCCAGUUAAUCCGAAAGGCAGUAGAAGAUACGACAACUCAGGCGCAGAAAGAUCUUCGAAAGGAUCGUCCACUAGUACGACGCAAAUCUGAACUGCCGCAGGAUAUCUACACCGUGAAGGCCUUGGAGUCUCAUCGCCGGGCUGAAGAGAUAAUAUCUGCUCAUGAUGGGCAUUAGGUCACUUCUACAGAAAAAUAUUGUUUUUAAAAAAAGCUAUUCUCUGAACUCUGUCUAUUGUAGAGGCUAUUAUGCUUUGUGCCAUACCAAUCAGCUAUACAUUGAGUCAGUGCUUUCUUGAAUUCGGUUUGUAGGCAAUAACUUUACCAUCAUGAAGUCAAACAUGGUAGUUCAAACAAUGGUAAAUAGAGUAUAGUGUUUUCUACAAAAGGUGGAAUUAAUUCUUCGAGUUGUUGUGUCCACUGAACCAAAUUUUAAAAAAUUGUUUUCUAUUUUUUAUUUAAAAUCUUAGAAAAUAAAUGGGAUAUAGAAUCUAAAUUUAUUCCUGAGAAGUCACAGACUGAACUUUUAGUACAUAAAGUCACAUUUUUUGCAUUCUGACAGCAUUUAACUUUAUUUACUUCACACAAAAUAUAAUAUAAACAUAAAGUUCACUUUCUGAGCUCUUUCAUCUCACCCGUUUCAAGGAGGUAUCUUUUUUUAACUUUUAUUAAUGUACUGCAUGCAGAGUAUCUUUUAAAAAAAAAAAAUGGACAUUAAAAUAAAUGGUCAUGUUUUGUUUUCCUUCCAUACAAUAGUGAUAAGCGAUUUAAAUUGCCACACGGUUUUGUCUGUAAAUGAACUCAAUUUUUAAACCUGACUUCGUCCCUUACUGAUAUCUAAAAUAACUAUAAUUAAUUAUUUCUGGGUUGGUUCGUGUUUAAUCUUUUUAUUCAAGUGCUUUGACAUCGCAUAGUUUUAAAGGUUUGUCUAAGCUCUUAUUUCUCCAUGUAUAUUAUGCAAAAUAAAAUGUAGAAGUUUUGAUGAAUUUCCUAUCGUACUAAAUCAGCUGUGGCAAGUAUUCUCAGGGGUUGCUGUUAUCUUAAUUCAUUCCGUCGUCCUGCUAAUGUUUUCAAAUGUAGCUUUUCAGUUUUUAAUAACCCGACUUGUCAGUUUACUGAUAUACUUUAAGUUGUUCUGUCUCAAAAGUUAAAAAAAUUAAAUUGCCUUGCAGGAAACAGACCUUCUAACUUAAAGUGCACUAGGUUUUGGAUAUAAAAAUAAUGUCUCAAACUGUUCCAAUGUAACGUGCACUAGACUUUACAAAUCCUGUGAGAAUAUGGUAUGCUAAAGCAUGUAAAACAGGUAUUGCAUAUCUGUUGUAAGCCGUGUGAAGUAACUGAUUAUGACUUAGUAAUCAGAAGCUAGUCAGAAGAAAACCAAAAAUAAAUGUUUGUGCAUAUUCUCUAAAGUAGUUGUUUGGUCAGUCUUGUAUAACUGCAACUAACUUUGCAAGUAAUUCAAAUCUUUAUCUGACAUUCGGUUUGUAAUACAAAUUAUAAGAAUGGUAAGAAUAUCUGCAAACACCACACAGUUAAGAUUUCCUCAAGUGUUCCUGUCUGUUUACAUUUUUUUUAAACUUUUUUUUCUGAGCCUAGCUUGAUGAAACAAGUAUACAGUUGAAGGGAUAUUCAGGGCUAUAAAGUUAAGGUAAAUGUGAAGUUUUCCCAACUUUAUAUUGUGCGAGAUAAAUCUUCAAAUUUUAAAAGCACUUCCUGUUUAACUUGAAAGUGAAUGUUUAAAAAGUCCUAUUUAAGCAUGUAGAUGUUAAGUGUGCAUUCAACAAGAGUUGAACUCUCUUCCCAGUACUUGUUAUUUUAUAAUAUAGUAUCUUGCAAGCUGUUGCAGUGCUAUAUUUAUUUCCAUUGUUUGAACUUCCGUCGAACUUUGACUCGUAGUUUCUCAUAUUCAUUGGUUUUGGGUGUUCAAUAUGUUUGUGUGAGAUGUUGCAGAAGGAUUGUAAUUUUAUUUUGGCCACUAGAGUGUAUAUUGUUUGUAUACAGUUUGAGAUAUCCUGUCUUCAGCAGUUUUCUUAAUUUUAAGUAUAUAUACGCUAAAGAUUGACACUCACCAAAUAGCAAGUCUAUUUCGAAUUGCAUUUAUUCUGUUUGUGUGAUUAGCAACUUUUUAACCUUAAUCUGGAAUUUACAUUGCGUUAAAGGGGCUAGUCCUCAUUUUCCAGCCUGCAAUGGAUGAUAAUUGCACAGGCUUUGAGCUGUUACCAAAAUAAUAGUACCUCUUACUGUGCAAAAUAUGACGAUUACUUCAUGAUAAAUUGGGAAUACCCUUAUUGUAAAUUAAAGACUAUUUGGUAAAGGGGAUGUGGACUCUGGAUGAUUUGGAUGAUUUUUGCAGGAGGUGGGGAGCUUUCUGCAGACCAACCAGUAGAGAAUGGGUACCCCACAACUAGCAUGAGCAGUAUUAUGCUGGGUUGUAGAAAUUGUAAAUAUUUAUUGAUAAAGUAAUUCCAAAACUUGUUCUGGUGACUGUUUUUCUUUUAAAAGCAGAUUAAUAAUUGGCAUCCUUUAAGUUUAUUUGUGUUUGGUUAAAACCCUACAGACCUGUACAAGAGGAAUGUCUAGUAACAUGACAAGUGACCUUUAGUGUGAUACCUAUAUAAAUGGCUUCAUUUUAAUAUUGUACAUAUGUUGUACUUUGUUUUAAGUAGUGUAAUAUCUUAAAGUAGAUUUCAUAUUUUGUACAAAAUGGUCCCAUGUACAGAAUAAAAAGUUCCUAACAACUACA